CAUCUGCGCAAGCGCAGUUUGAGUCUGUAUCAUGACGCCGAUUUUGUUGUCUUAACCCAGUUACUGUAGCCGCUGCUCUGCCUUGUUUGUGAGAACUAGUGAAUUUAUGUUGCAGUUAUGUAGCACACAGGAGGAGGACUUUACCCCGCAGGGAGCUCUGAACGCUAGCCGACGUGACAAGCUCUUAUUCGGCUUGUGUCACUCCUUCGGCUCCGUUUGACAACCAGCUAGCUAACUAAGCUAGUUAGCCACACAGGCUAACAAACAAGCUGCUGUGAGUUCUCCUGCGUGUCCAGAGAAGAUGUGGCAAAGUGUCGGGCUCACACUGCUGGUCAUUGUGGCCACACUGGUCUGUGCGCUGCUCUUCAUGCUGUUUGGUUGGUAUGUAGUCUGGCAGCUCUUCCUGUCCAAGUUCAAGUUCCUCCGUGAACUUGUCGGGGACGCCAGCACCCCUCAGGCCGAAUCGCAGCCGUCCGAAACCAAGAGCGAGCGCACAGCUAACGCCCCGACACGGAAUCGGCCCAGGACGGCACGCCAAAGAGCCGCCGCUGCAGAAAGCACUUAGACACGCACUACUCUCUCACUGUGACUGCUCAUCAGCCCUCCUCGUCUCCGGGACACUUUACACUGACCAGGCAGACCUCCUGGUUCUAAAGGGAAAAGCCAUUACUGUCCAUUUCUUCACGUUUGAUCAGUCGUUCAUGUACUGUGCGGUUAGUCUGGGGGCUCCACUCAUGCUGCUUUCAUGAGCCCGAACUGCUUCCUGCCACAAUGUGGAGAACAAAGCUCCUCCACCUUAUAAACAUACACGUUUAAUCUCUGUGUUGACAUGUUCUCAUCUUUCUUUAACACAUCUGACAGAUAAAUGUCAAAAGAGUUUGUCUACAUCAUUUCAAAAACUGAAACAGUGAUUUGUACAACUGACAGUUUGUUUUGUUUUAACAAAGUGCAAUGAAAGGAAGGUUGAAGCUGUCAUUUAGUUGUUUUCUUGCACACUAUACUUAUUACGGAGAAGGUGGAGACGCUCCGAGGAAGGAUGACAAACGGCACGCCUUCAUUCCUGUUGUGUAAAAUGUGACAUUUUUAUCUCACAACCUCUCCUUCACCCUUUUUUAAAAAAACUGUUUUUGUACUUGAAGAGUCAGGAGAGAGUUUACGAAGAACUGACUUGUUGGUGUUCAGAAGCAGUUUGACACAUCAGGCGUUUUCGGACCAAACAGCUCCGGGGACUCUUUGAGAAGGACUGCCUGAGGACUUUACAUACCUUCAAGGCUUUUUGUUUUUCUGUUUGAGGACGCUGACGGAGGACAAAGUGGAGCUGUGUCUCCUGGUUCUUUACUACAAAACUGCUGAUGGCAAUAUGUGUGAAUUGAGACUUUAACGUUGCACUUGUUGUCUGUUCUUUGGUCUGUUUUCGUAAGGAUACUGCACAAGCUGAUACACAAGGUGGCUGUAGCUUGUGCUCCACUGAGAUGUUUGAGAUAGCUUCUGGAUUGUGUAACCCACGGACAAGCGCACUGACGUUACAUUCAACCCCACCUCCAACCCUGAUAGCUUUAAAGAAUAGCCGUCUGAGGACUUGAUGUUUAAAUAAGGGGUCCACACUGGGUUUUAAAUUCACCUUAAAAGAAUCUGCUUAAUUUAACUACAGCAGUAUUUAGAAAAUAGAUGGAAAAAAGGCUUCCAGUGUGUAUCCCCUUGUGACCCAGUAGUUGAAAUGACCAUUUCAAAGGCUGGCACCCCUCAAGCUGCUCAUAUGUUUGACAAAUCAAUGUACACUUGUGUCUGGAUCAGUCGUUGUGCAGUACGCCUUCAAGGUUCUUCUUGUGUAUUGAAGCUUAAAAAGUUCCUCCACAUAGCGAUGUACGCAUCAUCCUCAGUCUGUGCAGUGCAAACACACACACAAAAAAAGAGGCGGUGUCUAACUGUUCCUAGAACUGUAGAAAAGUUCCUCCAGUCUGCUAAACCGCCUCACGUCAGCUGAUCUCAGGGGGCUAUGACACGACGCCCCCUGCUGCCCAUCUGAUGUCCGAACCUCCUCCGGCUCCCUGUGCCUCUGUCUGCUCCUGUGCCUGUCCACAUGGCAUCCACUGUUCGUUACACGGCCUGCUUCUCUACAGCUGAGUGUCCUCUUCACAGGGGUCGUCACUGCUGACCAGGGCCUAGUCGAUAUUUAUGUGAUCUUCUCCCUCCAGGUUAAACUCAUGUAACUGUUGCACCUUUUUAUCAGCAGUGAUAUUUUUUUUCUGCAGUGGAGCCGAAAGCUUCAAAUAAAUAAUGCAAAAUGAAA